AUGUCAACACCCUCCCUAACCUUCCGCCUCGGCCCCCACACCUACACCGCCCUCCUCCCCGCCCCCUCCCUCGCCCUCCUCCCCCAACCCACCACAACCCAAACCCUCACCCUCUCCGGCGGCGCUCUCCAACUCCCGGGAGGAAGCGUCUCCCUCGCCACCAACGGUCUGGUCCCCAUGUCCUCGGCCCCCGAAAGCGCAAUCGGAUACCACACCACUGUCCUCGUGGUAGCCGUCGCAACCGCAACGGUAGGGACGAGGACUGUGACUGCGAUUGUUACGGGAUUUCCUACGAAGGGGGCGAGUGCGGUGAGUGGAGGUGGGAGUUGGGUUGUGGGAGGACAGACACUUGUUACGAGUUUAAGUGAAGGGUUGGUGGUUGGGGGAGAGAGGACGGUGGGGUGGGGCACUACGACGCUGACGAGGGCGGUGCCUAUUGAGACGACGAAGAAGCCGGGUGCUGCUGGGGAUGGAGGGAGUGUCAGUGGGAGUCGGUAUCAGAUGGGGACGAGGGUGUUUUCGGCGGAUGAGAGAGGGGGGUUGGGGGGGGCAGGUUGUGGAGAGUACCGUUACGAGUGGGAGUGGGGAGAGGCCGACGGCUUUGGCGAGUGGAGAGGAUGA